UGGAAGCAGCUGAAGGCGACUGGGAAUGCUGGAGAAGCAGGUGGCCGACACAUCAAGCAGGGGCCGGGCGUAAAGAAACACAACCCAAAAAAGAAGAAACGGGAGCAUGACAGUGACGACGUGAACGGGUUUCGUCAGACGCCCGCGGACCAGGAUCUGAGAGAAGAAGUGGCAACAGCACUGAAGAAAGACUUGAGACGAGAGAACAGACGGAUAAAGAGACAAAACACCAAAAAGAACAAUAUGAUCUGCUUCAACUGCUGGAAGCCUGGUCAUGGUCUCGCUGACUGCCCAGAGGCAGAUAACGAUGAGGAGAUGGGUCGCGGGAUCUGUUAUCGGUGUGGUUCUACCGAACAUGAGAUCCAGAGAUGUCGUGCUAAAGUGGAUCCUGCCAUGGGUAAUUACCCAUAUGCCAAGUGUUUUAUCUGCAGUCAGACUGGACAUCUGUCCAAAGCCUGUCCUGACAACCCAAAGGGACUGUAUGCUGCAGGCGGUUGCUGUCGGGUUUGUGGCUCAGUGGAACACUUUCAGAAAGAUUGUCCUGAACACCAGAACUCAACUAAUUCCAUCACCCUCGGCCGGCUGUCCAAUAGAAUCAGCGCUGACCACGAGGACGUCCAUGUGCCUGUGAAGAAAGCACGAGCCAAAAAAGACAAAGUGGUGGUGUUCUGAUCCACAGCGGAUUGAGAAGAAAUGGACUAUUUAACUGAUUGUUGCAAUUUAGGUUUGGUUUCUCCAGUCAUG